AUGCGAAAAUAUGAAGAAAAAUCACCAUUAAUAAGAACAAAUGAAAACAACACGUCGAUUUUUUCUUUUUUGAAAUACCUGCUUUUUAAGCCCACUUUAAGCUACUCUGAAAGAAAUAUUCAUUUAAAUGGAAGAACUUCACCUUCAAAAUUUGUACCAAAUAUUGUUUGUAACCAAAAAUACUCACUUAUUACUUUUGUCCCAAAAGUAUUAUUUGACCAAUUUAGUAAUUUCUUCAACUUUUUUUACUUGGUUGUGGCAUUAUUUCAGUUUGUUCCUGAACUUAGAACAGGUCCUCUUUUUACAUAUAUCGCUCCGUUAUUACUAGUACUAUCGAUUACAAUUGGAAAAGAGGCAAUUGAUGAUAUUAAGAGAUACAAAAGAGAUAAAGAGUUCAAUAACAAAAAGUAUCGUAAAAUUAAUAAAAAUGGAAUUCAAGAAAUACGUUCUUCUGAUAUAAAAGUUGGAGAUUUGAUAGAAAUUAAUACAAAUGAUAGAGUACCUGCAGAUAUACUCUUUCUUAGGACCAAUGAUCCAACUGGCACAGUUUUUGUCAGAACAGAUCAAUUAGACGGUGAAACUGACUGGAAAGUUAAACGUGCAUUGGGAAUUACUCAACACUUGGAAACUUUGGAUGAGAUUUUUAAUCUAGAUAUGACGGCAAAUAUUGAGGGACCGAAAAAGGAUAUCUAUGUGUUUAAUGGAACUAUUCAAUACUAUGAACAGAAUUUUUCAAGUUCAUUUGCUUCCGAUGAUAAUAACGCAAUCUUAAACCCAGAAAUAACAACUGGAUAUUUAAAAACACAGGAUUCAGAGAAGAUUACAGCUGAACCAAGAACGAAUACAAGAAUUCAGCCGAUAGUAGAAUCUCUAAUGCUCGAUCAUACUAUCUGGGCAAAUAGCGUUUUAACAUGUGGCAAGAUAUAUGGAUUAGUUAUUUACACCGGAAUUGAAAGUAGGUCUCUUAUGAAUACAUGUACAAAGAGCUUACGUACAAAAGUUGGAUUGCUUGACAACCAAGUAAAUACAUUAUCAAAAAUAUUAUUUGUACUACUCUUUAUCACAUCGUUUGUUCUUGUAUUUUGCAAGGGCUUCGACGCAUUGUGGUAUAUUUCAUUUGCUAGAUUUAUGCUUUUACUAUCUUCCAUAAUACCAAUAUCCCUUAGAGUUAACUUAGAAAUGGCUAAAAUCGUGUUUUCAUCCCAAAUAAAUAAUGACAAAAACAUGAAGAAAGUAACAGUAAGGUCAAGCAUUCCAGAAGAACUUGGAAGGGUUGAUUAUUUACUAACAGAUAAAACGGGAACGUUGACACAAAAUUAUAUGAUAGUCCAAACCUUGCAAAUUGGUCAUGCAGUUUUUCAUCCAGAAAACUUUUGUGAAAUAAUAGACGCACUACAAUAUGUACAUAAGGGGCGAGUAAACAUUGAACGAGAAGAAAGAAUUUUAAUAGAUGUCAUGAAUAAUAAUUCAAUUCUCCCCAUUAUUAGCAGUGAUCCAGUAAUUUGGAACAACUCCUUAAAUAUUCUUCACUUACAAAACUUUAUGUUAGCCAUAGCUCUUUGCCAUAACAUCUUUCCUAGAUCUUCUGUAGAUGCUCAGUUCAGCAAUGGGAGUAAAAAUAACUCAACAGAAGACAUAUUAGGUAAUGGUGGCAUUGGAUCAGAUGAAUGUAUGGUUGACUUGAAUCAAAAACACAUAGUAUAUCAGUCCUCUUCUCCAGAUGAGAUUGCACUCAUUAACUUUGCAGCCACUCUGGGUCUGAGACUAGUUAGCAGAUCGAGUGAUAAUAUGGAUUUAGACCUGGAAAAGUCGUAUAUAGGUAGCCACCAAACAGAUAAAUUGGGAAAUUCUCUCUUCAUUCAUGGAAAAAAUGUUCAGAACUCUGCAGUUAGACUUUCUUUUAGAAUUUUGGCAUGCUUUCCUUUUUGUAGCUCCUCAAAGCGCAUGGGAAUUCUACUCGAAUUUAAAGGUAGAUAUGUGUAUUUUUGCAAAGGAGCAGAAAGUGUAAUGAUUGAAUUACUCCGUCAGAAAGGGUCAGGUUGGCUUAUGGAAGAAUGCACCAACUUAGCUAGACUCGGAUUAAGGACUCUUGUAUUCUCAUAUAAGGUUAUUUCAAAAGAGGAAUAUGAGACUUUUAAUAAUGUAUAUUCCUACCCAUGCACUAGCUUAUUACAAAGAGACAAAAACCUUAAGAUUUCUAGGAAAAUAUUGGAGAAUAAUAUGGAAUUAUUGGGUUUAACUGGAGUAGAAGAUAAACUUCAGAUUGAUGUACCGUUGACACUUGAAGCAUUUAGAUAUGCAGGUAUUAAAAUAUGGCUUCUUACAGGUGAUAAACUUGAGACCGCACUUUGUAUUGCAAUCUCUGCCGGAUUAAAACCUAAGUAUUUAAACUUCUAUAUAUUAGAAUCAAAAUGCUCAAAGCCUAACGUUAAUAUUACUGAAAAAUUACUACAAGCUGAAGAUUUAAAAUAUCAACUUCAAAGGUAUAUUAAUGAAUCUGCAAAUAGUCAUGUUCUGGUUGUAGAAGGUUCAACUUUAAAUUUAUGCAUAAAAUAUUUCCCAUUUUUGCUCAUACACGCAGCAUCCCUAUCUCCUGCAGUUGUAUGGUGUAGAUGUUCCCCAUCUCAGAAAAAGGAUCUUGUUCUUCUUCUCAAAGAAUAUCAUCUAAAAUAUUUGAAACUUUGUGAGACAAAGAAAUUUGUUUCUUUAGACGAUUUGGACUCUUUAAAUGACAAGGUUCCAAUAUCUGGUAAAAAUAUAAGUGAAUCAGAAGAAAAUAGAUUAAACUGUAAGGCUGGUGAUUCUGUUAAUUUUGCAAGUGAAACAAGUAAUUAUUACGAUAGGCACAGUAAAAGCAACCUAAAUAUAUUUAGUUUUGAUGAAUUAAGCUCCAAAUCCUUUGGUGUGAAUAAUUUUUCACAAAUAACAGAAUCUGAAGGAAAUAUUGAUGAAUGGGCAAGUGAAUCUGGGCCGAUAAAUAAAUACAAUAAAAAAAAUACGUUAUCUCUUGUGCAGAAUGAAUCGAAAAAAAUAUAUAAUUUAGCAAAUGUUUCUGGAAAUGCUAGAACAUGUAGGAUUUGUGCAGUUGGAGAUGGUGGGAAUGAUGUUGGAAUGAUUCAGGCAGCUGAUAUUGGAAUUGGAAUAGUAGGGAAGGAAGGUCAACAGGCAGCGAAUGCAGCAGACAUUAGUAUACAUGAAUUUGCAGAUUUAAGGCCACUCUUUCUUUGGCAUGGACGUCAUGCAUAUCAAAAUAGUGCAAAAUUGGCACAUUUUGUGAUCCACCGAGGACUGAUUAUUGCUUUCAUGCAAUGCGUAUUCUCUGCACUUUUUUAUUUUAUCCCAGUUGCACUUUUCCAAGGGUGGCUGGCAGUAGGUUACGCUACAUACUAUACAAUGGCACCAGUGUUCUCAUUGGUUUUUGAUGUUGAUGUAAAUAGAUCUACUGCUCUUUUGUAUCCCGAAUUAUAUCGUCACUUGAAGGCUGGUCGUGUCAUGUCAACAAAAACAUUUUUUUGUUGGGUUUGGAAAUCAUUGUAUCAAGGAACUGUAAUCAUGCUUGGAGCAUUCGUACUUUUUAGAGAUAAUAUCCUUAUGAAUCUCGUGGCAAUUACAUUCACGUCGUUGAUACUAUCCGAAAUUCUGAAUGUUGUCACCGAGAUUAAUCAUUGGAAUGAAGUUAUUAUAUCAUCUUGUGUAAUUUCGAUAUUAAUUUAUUUCGCUUCAUUCUUCCUUUUAGAAAGCCAUUUUGAUCUUCAGUUCAUCUUUACCUUCACAUUUUGGGGUAAAAUUUGUGUUCUUACUUCCAUUUCUUGGGGUCCGAUACUUUUAUACAAACUAAUUAAGAAAACAAUUCAUCCACCUAGAUACUACAAGUUAAUGCAAAAUUAG